CACAUACCUGGAGCUGCGGUCGCCCGAUAAGCGCCUGAAUGGAGGUGAUGUCACGGUGAUGCAGGCACCGGCCCACCCUGGCCGAGAGGGGAGUCGAGCGUGGGGAGAGGCGGGUGCGAGAGCGAGCAGCGAGCGAGCUCGGCCCGCUCAGCCCCGGCCCGGGAGAGGCAGAGCCCGCUCCCCUGGCCCCCGCCGCAGCGCCGCCAUCCUACCCCAGGCCAGGGCUGGGCCUGGCCCCGGCCCCGCGCCCGGCUCCGAGUCCCUCCCACCUCCGCCCGCGCCUCGCCUGGGGCUGGAGUUGGCCCCAAACGCGGCGCCGGAGCCCGGCCGGCGGCGCGUCCCAGGGGCCCAGUGGGAGCCUGGCCUGGGAGCCAGGAUGGCCCUCCGCAAAGCCUUGCUGACAUGCCUGGGACUGUCUCUCUUCCUGUUGCCAGGGGCCCAGGCCCAGAACCAUGCCCCACCUGGCUGCAGCCCGGACCUCAACCCCCUGUACUACAACCUGUGUGACCGCUCUGGGGCUUGGGGCAUCGUCUUGGAGGCACUGGCUGGAGCGGGUAUCGUCACCACAUUUGUCCUCACCAUCAUCCUUGUGGCCAGCCUGCCUUUUGUGCAGGACACCAAGAAACGGAGCCUCCUGGGGACCCAGGUGUUUUUCCUGCUGGGAACCCUGGGCCUCUUCUGCCUCGUGUUUGCCUGCGUGGUGAAGCCUGACUUCUCCACCUGUGCCUCUCGGCGGUUCCUCUUUGGGGUCCUGUUCGCCAUCUGUUUUUCCUGCCUGGUGGCCCACGCCUUCGCCCUCAACUUCCUGGCCCGGAAGAACCACGGGCCCCGGGGCUGGGUGCUCUUCUUCAUGGCUCUGCUGCUGACCCUGGUGGAGGUGAUCAUCAACACGGAGUGGCUGAUCAUCACGCUGGUCCGGGGAGGAGGCGAGGACAGCCCUCUGGGCAACAGCAGUGCCAGCAGGGUGGCCGCGUCCCCGUGCGCCAUCGCCAACAUGGACUUCGUCAUGGCGCUCAUCUACGUCAUGCUGCUGCUGCUGGGCGCCUUCACGGGGGCCUGGCCCAUCCUGUGUGGCCGCUUCAAGCGCUGGCGUAAACACGGGGUCUUUGUGCUGCUCACCACGACCACCUCCAUCGCCAUCUGGGUGGUGUGGAUUGUCAUGUACACCUACGGCAACCAGCAGCACAACAGCCCCACCUGGGACGACCCCACGCUGGCCAUUGCCCUCGCCGCCAAUGCCUGGGCCUUUGUCCUCUUCUAUGUCAUCCCUGAGGUAUCCCAGGUGACCAAGGCCAGCCCGGAGCAAAGCUACCAGGGGGACCUGUACCCCACCCGAGGCGUGGGCUACGAGACCAUCUUGAAAGAGCAGAAGGGCCAGAGCAUGUUUGUGGAGAACAAGGCAUUUUCCAUGGACGAGCCAGCCUCAGCCAAGAGGCCGGUGUCACCGUACAGUGGGUACAAUGGGCAGCUGCUGACCAGUGUGUACCAGCCCACGGAGAUGGCCCUGAUGCACAAAGGCCCGUCCGAAGGAGCUUACGACGUCAUCCUCCCACGGGCCACCGCCAACAGCCAGGUGAUGGGCAGUGCCAACUCGACCCUGCGGGCUGAAGACAUAUAUGCAGCCCAGAGCCACCAGGCGCCCACACCGCCGAAAGAUGACAAGAAUUCUCAGGCUCAGUCCCCACAAAAUAAAACGAGAUGGUAGACACCCUGUUCCCGGGAAAGCAUGUCGUCCUGAUGUCCUCUGUGUCCGGGCUGGGCAGGCCCCAGCACCUUUCCCGUCCUUGUCACUGGAGUUGGGAGGGCCCGGAGGCCACCGACCUGGAGCAGUGGACCGAGUGGGGGGGUCCUAUGAAACCCCGAAGUGCACGGCUGGGGCUCUAGGGCCCCCCCUUCCUGCCCUGUUCAGCCUGUCCUGGUCCCCAAGUGACUGAGGCUACAAGGAACUGUCUGCGUACCAGCCUGCCUCCGUCCCCCCCGUCACAGCCCCUGUGUCCUCAUGCUGUGGCUUUCCAGAUGGCCAUCCUCAGACGCUUGUGUCGUCACCUCUGUUUGGUGUCCAGCAUCAGCUCGCCCUGCUCUGCACCUACGUGAAUCAAGGUGAAUCUCCUCCAGGAGUCUGGAGCCAUGCUGUGGCAGAAGGUGGCCCUUGCCUUUCUCCCCUGGGCCUUCUGCCACCACCUGGACUGUGGAAGGCCACUGAGCCGGGGCAGAGCUCACUGGAGGCCCCGACACACACCACUCCUCGGGGCCAGGAUCUGAGUCCCUUUGCGCCAUGACCCCAUGCCUUCCCUACCUUCGAUGAACUGGGUCCCAUCAAGACCCACAGUGGGGCUUGGGGCUGCAUCCUCAGGGACCAGUUGAGAGUCCGGGACCACGUGGACUGGGGUCUAGGCCUCUUCCAGGACUGUCCUGUGGGACUUAGGGAGGCCCCUUAGAUAAGUGACAUCCAGGACUGAGCAUCGUGUCAUUUCCGGAUGGACAGAUGGAUAGGCUUCUACCUCACCUUGGGCAUCUCGAUGUGCUGGCACUGCUCUGCUCACCCAGGCCAUGGUCCAAGAGGGUCUUGCCGGCACCA